AUGGCAUGGUCACUAGUUUGUCCCGCAAACCGAGGAAUUGGUUUCUAUUUAACUCGACAUCUCCUUCAAAACACACAGCUUCCCGUCGUGGCAACGUCGAGGAAAGAUAUUGAAGGAGCGAAGAAAUCUAUUUUGGCAGACUUGGAUGUUGAUCCCAAGAGAUUGACGGUAUUAGAAGUCGAUGUCACGAAUGAAUCCACCAUCUCCUCGGCCGCAGAAAAAUGUUCAUCUCUCUUCCCCUCCUCAUCCCACCAUCUCCGUCUCGCCUUUUCCAUCCCCGGUAUUCUCUACCCUGAGAAGUCGCCCGCCCAAUUAGACCAAUCCCAAAUCCAACACACCUUCGCCGUCAACACCAUCGGCCCCCUCCUCCUCACCAAACACUUUUCCCCCUUCCUUCCCCCAAAACGUCUAGAUCUCUCUUCCUCCCCCGACACCAAAAAUCUUCCGCCCCACGCCCUCUGGCUCAACAUGUCAGCUCGCGUAGGUUCCACCUCGGAUAAUGCACUCGGGGGAUGGUAUAGUUAUCGCGCUUCGAAAGCAGCGGUGAAUUCUCUAACGAAGACUUUUGAUCUUUUCUUGAAAACGAGACAUGGGGAUAAUGCGCUUGCUAUUUCGUAUCACCCGGGAACGGUAAAGACGGGCUUGUCAAAGGAGUUUUGGGGAGGUGUCAAGGAGGGCAAAUUGUUUAGUCCCGAGUUUGCGGUUGAGAAGUUGUGGGAUGUUGCAAUGGCGAAGGGGAUUGAGAGUAGAGGGCGUUGUUGGGAUUGGAGGGGUGUCGAAAUUUCCCCUUGA